AGUCCCUUUGUUUGAGAAGUGGACCACGUUUAGCUGGCUUUGGUUACGUUUGGGUGUCAGCUGCCCCGGGAAGAGGCCGGGCUGUGCUGCUCCGCCGUGUCAAACAUUCACCCAGUCCACGAGCGCGUCAGUCAAAGAUGGCGACCCGAAUCCUUCAGAGAGUGGGUAAAGGCCUUCACAAGACAAAUACCGUACUACACUCCAAUGGACCGGUGACAAUUACCCUCCGGUCCCUCGCAGGAUUCAAAUCUCUUUUUGUUCGAAAGGUUGACCCCAGAAAAGAUGCUCACUCUAAUGUGCUCUCAAAGAAGGAGGACCUCAAUCUGUACAAAAUACAAUUUCACAAUGUAAAACCAGAGUGCCUUGAUGCCUACAAUGAACUUUGUGAGGCUGUGCUGCCCUCUAUUCAUGCUAACCCGGAAUAUCCUUCUGAGCUGGUGGGAACGUGGAACACAUGGUAUGGAGAACAGGAUCAAGCAGUUCACCUUUGGAGGUAUCGGGGAGGAUACCCGGCUCUCACCGAAGUCAUGAACAAACUCAAACAGAAUAAGGAGUUCAUGGAAUACAGAAAGGAGCGAGGGAAGAUGCUGCUGUCUCGUAGGAAUCAGCUGCUACUGGAGUUCAGCUUCUGGAACGAACCUGUCCCCCGCCCAGGACCCAACAUCUAUGAACUCAGAUCAUACCAGCUCAGGCCAGGAACCAUGAUUGAGUGGGGAAACUACUGGGCUCGUGCAAUUGAGAUUCGUCAGAAGAAUCAAGAAGCUGUUGGAGGCUUUUUCUCACAGAUUGGAAGCUUGUAUACGGUUCAUCACUUGUGGGCUUACAAAGACCUUCAGUCCAGAGACGAGACCAGAAAUGCAGCCUGGCAGCAAGAAGGUUGGGAUGAGGUGGUUUAUUACACUGUCCCUCUUAUUCAGCACAUGGAGUCCAGGAUAAUGAUUCCCAUGAAGUCUUCACCGUUGAAGUAACCUCUAGCAUCUGGACAAACACAGCAGCCACUGCUACAACUCCACAGAUCUGUAGCCACCAGAGGAUUCUCUGCCUGGAAGAAUGGCACACUCCAUUUGUAUUUCCUUUUAUUUUUUUUUGUUUUCCUAUUCUCUUUUCUGCGUGGACAUAUCUUCUUUUUCAAUUAGGUCACAAAAAAUAUCUCCAAAACAAUUUAUGUUACAAUAUUAACAAGUUACUGAUAUGUAAAUCUUAAAUAACAGUGACUGCAAUUUUAAAUUGGGAAAAAAAACAUUGUCUCCUUUUUAUUCAAGUAACUAGCUCAGGUAUAUCAUGAUAAAAACACUUCAUUGAAAAGCCAGUAUCAAUUAUUACUGUCAAAUAAAUAUUUGUAACUGUUACAGAUCUUGGUUAUUAUCUUGUGUCUAGCUAAAAUAAUAAAUGUUUAGAAGGCUUCCGUCCAACUCUGACUAAAUGGUUAUAUGCCUCAAUACCAUUUGGAUGUCUCGAUUUAUGACAAAAAAAAAAACAUACUUGUCACUUGAGCUACAAAUGUGUCCCAUGUGUCAAAGGCAGACUGAAUGGUUUUACUGCAGUUAAAAACAUAAAGAGUCUCCUUAUCUGCCUUUGCUUGUUUUUCUGUGUUCUUCAGUUUGUUCUUUACAAUAUGAGACUUCUGGCUCCUUCUGAUUUAAAAGACAGGAGGUUGUUAGAUCAUGAGGUGAUAAUAAUAAUAAUAAUAAAAAAUGAAUAAACUGAAACUACUGCUGUACAUCUUAACCUAAAAUCAGGUCAUUGACAUCAGGUGGGUUACUGUGUGCUCUAAUUAAUAGAGAUGAUUUUUUUUUUCUUUUUUACUGCCAGACUAGAAAUACAAAUAGUUGGCUUAGAAAGCAAGCCAAAAAUACAGUUACUUCAUUUCUACAAAUGAAUGGAGUUCUUAAAACUUUCUGCUGUUGAUAAAUCAGUAGAAGAGUUAAGUUUGUGUGAUAAAUGUUCAAUGCAGUGCUUAAAUACUUGUACAUAUUUAAUUAAAUUUGUGAUUAAUUAAAA